AUGGCUCCUACCUACACUCUCCUCGGGCUGUUUCACCUGCUGUUGACCAGCUGCGAGGCAUUCAGCCCAUCCGCAUCACCACCAAGUCUCGAAGACUUCGAGAUCGGUACCCCUGAGCUCCAAAACUACUUCCGCCCACUGCAAGUCAUCACCGGCGACGUGGAGCAAGACAUCAAGCAGCCGGACUCGUACACCGUCUACGCCACCACGCUCAACAAUAGCCAGCCGACCUACACGGUAAAGACCAACUGCGAAGACUGCGAGCCCAAGAUCUCAAAAUCGCUGCUGGACUUCCUGGUCGCGCAGUUCGACAAGCCCGACACUCCCGGCCCGGCGCCCGUCGACGCCGUCCCCGACAUCCAGUCCGUCAUCAACAGGGACAGCCGCAGCUCGUACUCCAGCGCCAAGUCGCAGGCCGACAGACUCCACGUGCACAUCUCCACCAAUGCAGCCGGGAACGCGUCGUCUGCAGCCACCGGCACCGGCACAGGCACCGACCCCAACGGCGCCUACGUCCCCUACUCGGGAUCGGCGCAAAACGGACUCGCGCACAGCAAAGCCAGCGCGCAGCGCCACCAGGAGCAAGCGCAGAGCCUGAUCAACAAUGCGGCCGGGAUACUCGGCUACGUCGUCGCGGGCAUCGACUUACCCGGCAGCCUGGCUCCCUUGAGCACCGAGGCCAAGGCAUCUUACCUGAGCGAGGGAAAGGCCGCCGGCGCUGUGGCGUGCGCAUCCAUUGCGCGGGGCGCUGCGGCCGAGGCGCGGAGCUCGGCCAUCUAUGUCUUCGAAAAUAGUACUUCUGUCCGGGACAAGACUGACAUGCAGAGCUUUGCUUACACAUCUUGCGAGUCGGGUUUUCAGCCGCCCAAGCUCAGAGGCCGUGCAAACAUAGAUGUUAAUGCUGGGCUUCAAAAACUCAGCAAUGAUGAACGCGGUGUUUCCUUCGGCGUUGUGAGGCCCUCCGGGGCUUAUGUUGAGGCGCACUGUGGCGGGAUCAAGAGUAUGGAUGUGGACCAAAGGCUCCAUUACAAGUUCAUUAUCAACGGAGCGUUUGUUCGCGGGGACGGAUUUCAAGGAACAAUUCACGGCGAGAAGCUUGACUUGUUUAGGGCGCACUGCUUGUAG